AUGGCUUUCCUGGAGGAUGGGAACCACACCGCAGUGACAGAAUUCCUUUUGUUAGGCUUAACAGAUGACCCAGUCCUUAGAGUUAUCCUUUUCACCAUCAUCCUGUGCAUCUACCUGGUGACUGUGUCUGGGAACCUCAGCACCAUCCUUCUCAUCAGAGUCUCUUCCCAGCUCCAUCACCCCAUGUACUUUUUUCUCAGCCACUUGGCUUCUGUUGACAUAGGUAUUUCAUCUUCUGUCACACCAAAUAUGCUUCUCAACUUUUUGGUGGAAAGAAAUACCAUCUCUUACCUUGGAUGUGGCAUACAGCUCAGCUUAGGUGAUAUCUUUGGGUCAGUUGAAUGUUUCCUUUUGGCUGCCAUGGCUUAUGAUCGUUUCAUGGCAAUCUGCAACCCACUGGUUUAUUCCACCAAGAUGUCCACACAAGUCUGUGUCCAGUUGGUUGUGGGAUCUUAUAUAGGAGGUCUUCUUAAUGCUUCCUUUGCUAUCAUUUCCUUUUUUUCUUUUCUAUUCUGUGGCUCAAAUAGAGUUGAGCAUUUCUUCUGUGAUUUUGCUCCUUUAGCUGAACUGUCCUGUUCUGAUGUCAGUAUCUCUGUAGUUCUUGUUUCAGUUUCUGCUGGCUCAGUUACUAUGUUCACAGUGUUUGUCAUAGCUAUCUCCUAUUCCUAUAUCCUUAUUAUCAUCUUAAAGAUGCACUCCACUGAGGGUCGACAGAAGGCCUUCUCCACCUGCACCUCCCAUCUCACAGCAGUCACUCUGUUCUAUGGGACCAUCACAUUUAUUUAUGUGAUGCCCAAGUCCAGCUACUCCACAGACCAGAACAAGGUGGUAUCUGUGUUCUACAUGGUAGUGAUCCCCAUGUUGAAUCCACUCAUCUACAGCCUCAGAAAUAAUGAGAUUAAGGAUGCUCUGAAGAGACAGGUUGGUAAGAAAACACUUUCUUAA